UGUCCCGUAAAAGUGACGCACACAGAUCAUAGUGGCAUUAAAUCAUUCUAUACCAAAUAAAAUGCGUAGCAACGAAAAUUUCACAUCAAGUGUCGUGUAACGCAAACAAAUUUUUUUUUAAAAUACUUUAUAUGUAUCUUUUUAUACAACCAUAUAGUGAUUGGUGUGGAGAAUCGUAUCAUCUGCUCGCCACGCAUUUUUACAUACAUAACCAAUGUAUUACCGCAGAAUGAACCAAUGACACUGCCUAUUUAUUACAAUUUUAGACAUUAACUUGUAAGAAACUAUGACUAUAAGAGACGAUAUAGGACUGGAAGAAAACACAAAAUUGAACAAGCUUCUCGAGACUGUUUUUAUAGCGAAAAUGAACGUGUUAUCUUGCUGUUUCAAAAUUUAUCAACUUUGAAGCUUUGAAAUAUGCGAGUCUGUAAACGAAUAAAUACAGCGAAUGCAGUACAUGAUAUAAAAAAAAGAAAAGAGAUAUUAGAAAGGACUCUGGCGUUUGAAAGGCAGAAGUGGCUGGCAAAUAAUAUGCGAAUACGUUGGUAUCUAUAUGUGGAUAUGCAUGUAGCAUUUCUAGAGCAAGAAUUGGAGACAUUUAAAUUAUCGGAAAGAGGUAAUUGUAUUUUACAACGAUAUCCAUGAAAAAUCUAAGACGUACGUUUCGGCUGAUUUACACAGGUUUAUUAGGUUGCUAUGCGAAUAUCGAUUGAAACCGCGCGUUCCAUCGAAAGGGGCAUAAACCGAGUUUUACCGAGAAUUCUCGAGAAGAGUCGCACGAUGUGGAAUCUAGUUUCUCGACAAGUGGGCCUUGUCAUGUACUGCAGGAUCGUAGACGACCACGAUGAAUCAAAAGUAAGAAAACAGAAUCAAAAUUAAAGUAAGAAGCAAAUUUUUUAAAAUCGAUAGGAUAAAGGACAAGAAAGAAACAAGAACAAUUCGAGAGGACAUGACACGACGAGGAAUCAAAGAAAAAACGGUGAGUGAAGAAUAGGAAGAGCGAUGAAAAAAUGGAAGAUGUAAGAAGGAUGAGAAAAAUUAAAGCUGGAAGGAAGACGUUAUUUUUAUCGUCGUCGACGAGGACGAGGACAAGGACGAGGACGACGACGACGACAACGACGAUGACGAAAACGACGAAUACGACGACGAAGAGAGAAAAGUGACAGAUUCGAGGAUAAUUUAGCAGCGGAUGCAAGUAUUUACAAACGAUCUCGUUACGUUAUGCGACACGAAGGAAGUAGAAUUACGAACGAUAUUCUAUCGAAAUGGUGCUCGGGGCAAAGCAAUACGUUGAUGAGACCGGAACGCAGAAAGUUUAGACGCGUGCAUGGACUUGAGCUUCCGUUGCAUCCCCAACAAGUGACCGGCUGGGUGGUGAUCUUAAUUAUUGUGGUAAAUACGUUCGCGGUACUGACGCCGCUUCUCGAACCGAAUUUACGUCCGGCUUUUUCGAUCGCGAUAGCUGCUAUCUUUUUUACGCAUAUUUGCUCUCAUUUGGCGGUACUUUUAUUGGACCCGGCGGACCCACGCGUCAGAUCUCAGCCAACGAACAAGGUUUUACCGGAAUUCGACCGAGAGAAACACUCGCACGUGAUCGAGGACGGUAGAUGUCAUCUUUGCAACAUAAACACCGAAAGCAAGAGGACGAAACAUUGUUCGAUUUGCAACAAAUGCAUCGUCCGAUUCGAUCAUCACUGCAAAUGGCUCAACAAUUGCAUCGGAGCUAGAAACUAUCGCGCUUUUCUAGUUUGUUUGAUUUCCGCUAUUCUAGCAAGCCUGUUUGUUACUGGUCUUUCCGUCGUCGAAUUGUCCUCCUCUUUAUUCUUCGAUCGACUCGCAAAUCUGACAAUGGAGAAUAACACAACCGAUCCCGUCAUUCCCUUUAUUGUUCCUGCCUCGGACACCACUCUUAUAAUUGCUAUUUCCGCCAUUGGAAUUCUCUCGGCGAUCGUAGCAAUACUUUUACUUCAUUUAUGCUUUUUUCACGGUUACAUCGCCUGUCUCGGAUUAACCACCUACGAAUACGUACGAAACAAAAGGGAGAAGAAUUCUGUCGCUGCCGCCGUCGCGAUCGCUGCAGCCGCCACUGCUGCCGCGGCUGCGGCUGCUGCCGCUGCCUCCACCACCUCUACUUCCACAAACACCACCAUCACAGCCGCUACUACUACUACCACCGCCGCUACACUCACCAAUCAACCAACAACAGUUACGGAUAACGCUUCCACGAUAACCGUGCAGCAAAUAGUUGCCGAGUCUACGAGUACAAGGAUGUCAUCAGUUUCAGUAAACACAUCCGAUCAACUCGCCACAGAUUCUGCUACAUCUGAGACGAAUAUUUGGGAAAAUGUAUUAAGUUCUCCACGAUACGUAGUUGCACCAAUGGUCGACGCAAGCGAAUUAGCCUGGAGGCUGUUAAGUCGUCGUCAUGGUGCGCACCUUUGUUACACUCCGAUGCUUCAUUCUUCCGUGUUCUGUCGAGAUCCGAAAUAUCGUCGAGAGGCUCUUACCAGCACUGCCGAAGAUCGCCCAUUAAUCGUCCAGUUUUGUGGCAACGAUCCGAAUACGCUAUUAGAGGCAGCACUUUUGGCAGAACCGUACUGCGACGCAGUGGAUAUAAACAUUGGUUGUCCUCAAGCUAUCGCGAAACGUGGUCGUUAUGGUGCUUUCCUUCAAGACGAUUGGGACUUGCUUCGACGAAUCGUAAGUACUUUGAGCAAAAGUCUCCGUGUGCCAGUUACUUGUAAGCUUCGUGUAUUUGCGGAGAUCGAUAAAACUGUUAAGUACGCGCAAAUGCUCGAGACCGCUGGGGCACGAUUACUUACCGUGCACGGACGAACUCGGGAACAAAAAGGUCCAUUAACCGGUAUCGCAUCUUGGGAUCACAUCAAAGCCGUCAGACAGGCCGUCACAAUUCCAGUGUUUGCGAAUGGUAACAUACAGUGUCUGCAAGAUAUCGAAAGAUGUAUAGAGGAAACCGGUGUUCACGGUGUAAUGUCAGCAGAGGGCAACCUUUACAAUCCGUACAUAUUCGAAGCUCGUUAUCCACCUAGUUGGGAGCCAGCGCUUGAAUAUUUGGAUUUGGUGGAACGUUAUCCAGCCCCUCCUUCUUACAUUCGUGGUCAUCUUUUUAAAUUGUUCCAACACACACUUUGUUUAGCAGAAAAUAAAGAAGAGAGAGAAAAUUUGGCCCGAAACUCUACCAUGGAAUCCUUCAGAAACGUCGUAUACGCUUUGAGGGAUCGGUAUCUGCCUUAUCACGAAGGUCGUUUAAUCUGGCAGGAAGAAAUGUCCGAUCAUAACUUAAAACUACCUCCCUGGUUGUGCCAACCAUAUAUACGUCAUCUUCCAGAGGAGAAUAUACAAAAGCUAGAAAUUGAAAGGAUCGAAACGCAAAAUGAAACGAUCAAGAGAAAAUUCAGAGAUGAAGAAGGAAAUGAGAUAUCACGAAAACGGCUGAAGAAGCUCAAACGAAUAGCGCGUCGCCCCAACAGACCAGCUAUCAUCGUGAAAAGAGGAUCUGAUUUGUGUUGCGAUUGUCCAAAUCCAGUGGUUUGCAAAACUUUAUUUUAAACAUAAUCUUUUGUUAUCAAUCCGAAUGAAAUUUAUUAAUCUCGCCGUUACGUUUUCUCCCGUAGAGUCUCAAAUGUGUUCAUAAAUUAUGCCGACAGUGCUGUAGAAACAAAUGUUUCACGGAAAAUCUGGAUUGUGCCGGACACAGAAAUUUAACUAAAACUAGAAGACAAAUGGCGAUAGAAUUUGCUGCGAAACGGAAAGCUAUUCAAGAUAAAAUAUGACACUGUAUAAUAUUUUAAGUUAUAAAAACAAAAAUUAAAUAAAUAAAUAAAUAAAUAAAUAUA